CAGGGAAAGAGGGCUGGGCCAGGCUCCUCCUCCAUUUCCUCUUCCUCUUCCCAGUCGAGGGAGGCCAGCCAUGGGCAUUGUCAAACUGGCCGAACUGGUGGAGGAAGAGGCCCCCGAGGCCGUCCGCACUGUCCCGCUGGAACGAUACCGGGACCAGGUGGUGGCCUUGGAUGCCUCGGUGGCCAUUUCCCAAUUCCGCACCGCGAUACCACCGAUAAUCAACCGCCACGGACAAAAUAUCAGUCUCUUGCAAGGGCUCUUCUACCGGACGCUGCAUCUCCUGAAAAAGGGCAUCAAGCCGGUCUUUGUGUUUGAUGGGAAACCUCCAGAUUUGAAACAGCCCGUGUUGGCCAAGAGAGCUGCGAUUACUGGAGCCUCAAAGGACGCCAAAGAUCCUCUCGCAAGUGGCCUUCUGCAACAGCUUCCAAAACAAGACUAUGAGACCCUGUUGAGCUGCUUAGGCGUUCCUUAUGUGCAGGCUCCUGCAGAGGCAGAAGCGACGUGCGCUGCUCUUGUGAAGGCUGGCCUUGCCUUCGCCACAGCCACCGAAGACAUGGACGCCUUACCCUUUGGGAGUCUACGUCUCCUGCGCCACCUGAACGCCAAAAACGGGACUGUGGAAGAAAUCUCCUUACCUGUUCUUCUGGAAAAACUGAGCAUGACGCAGGAGCAGUUUGUGGACCUCUGCAUCCUCUUGGGCUGCGACUACUGCGAGAAGAUCCGUGGUCUGGGCCCCAAAAAGGCCCUGAAGCUGCUCCGGCAACACGGCAGCAUUGAGCAGGUGGUGGAGCACACCUCUCGCCAGAAGCACCCCUUGCCGGACAACUGGCCACUGGCCGAAGUCCGGGCUCUCUUCCUUGAUCCGGUGGUGGCCCCUCUGAGCCAGGUGGCCCUGGAGUGGAGGGACCCUGACGAGGAGAGGCUGGUGUGCUUCCUGGCGCAUGAGAAGCACAUGAAUGAGAGCCGUGUUCGUCGUGGGAUGGAAAAAUGGCGAGAGAGUUUGCCGAAGCAACCUAAGCCCCCGAAGCAACCUAAGCCAGGGUUUGGAGCAAAGGACGGUUCCCGGCAGCAGAAGAUGGAGGAGUUCUUCCAGGUCAAAAAACGCCCGUGCCAGGUUCCCAGUGGCCCACUUUCCAGGAAGAAGCAAAGGCUCAAACACCAGCCGGAAAAUGCAGCCAGGACUUGAGGAAAAAAAGCAUUUAUUCAUUCCUGAAUUUAUUUUUCUGCCUUGCAUUAGCGAAGCUUUGAAUAUUGAAGCUUUCCCAGCACUCAGGGGGGAAAAAACCAUCUCACAGUACUUGGACUGCAAUGGAAUCCUGGGAUUUGUAGUUUGUUUAGGCAGCAGCCCUCUUGUUCAGAGAAGGCCAAAGACCUUGGAAAACUACAACUCCCUGGCUUAGAGUCAUAGAGUUGGAAGAAACCCCGUGGACUACCUAGUCCAACCCCCUGCCAUGCAGAAAAAGCACAAAGUAUCCCUGACAGAUGGCCAUCCAGCCUCUGUUUAAAAAUUUCCAAGAAGGAGCUUCCACCGGACUGCGCAGCAGUGAGUUCCACUGCUGAACGACUCUCACAGUUAGGAAAUUCUUUCUAAUGUUCAAGUGGAAUCUCCUCUCCCAUAAUUAAAACCCAUGGCUCCUAUGCCGUCGCACCUGGGGCUAUAAUUCUUAGUGAAAGAGACAUAGACGUGACAUCUUUCCCCCAGGGGAUUGCUUCUUGCCUUCCUUUAGAAAACUUGAACUCCGAAGGACCAAAACAGCAUAGAUAACUCAAAAUAGAUUUUAUUGUUCACAAAGAGUUAUCCCUUUAAGGCAAUAAGCUGGAAGUUUCAAAGGGGGCAAAGGAAAUAUACAUUACAGUCUCUGGUUGUUUUUGGUCCAAGGAGAUUUCACAGCUGAGAAGCUUUUCCUGUUCCCUCUUUUCUCAAUGGCUGCGAAGGUCGGAACAAACACAACCCCCUGUCCAAUGGCCUAUGUUGAAGGCACAGAGUCCUCCCUUUGAUGCCAAAGGACCGGUUUGAAUGCACUUGGGUCUCCUCAACGUUGUCCAGGGCAAUCUGGGCAUGAAGCAUGAGUCCCAAGGGUAAAAACCUUAGAAUUGGUGAUGAGAGGUAACUUAAUCAAGGGCUUUAGAGCCAAGUCUCUUUUUCAUGUCUGAUAGAAAGUUUGAUGGUAAAAUGGAAAAGGAAAAGCUCUGCCCUCCUUCAGGAAGAGGUGGAGCCAAGCAAUUGAGCUGAGGAAGCAAUAUAACUGGUGCAAACAACAUUGAUUGACAGCUAUGAAUAACCAACCAAUCCAACUAUACAUUUACAAACUAGGCAAGUAUGGGCAUGUUAUACAGUUUAAACCUUUGCACUUUAAAAUUCUACACACAGGUGGUGCCACACGCGACGUUACAGCUCCAUUGAAUCCUAGUUUCUAGGGCAGCAGAAUGGAAACCUGCUCCCCCUGCCUUAGGACACCCUUUCACGUAUGGAUACAUGGCUUUCAGGUCUCCUCUUGUUGGGGUUCAGCCUGUGUGUGAACCUGAACCUGAUUCUCUGAUUGUAUUUCCUGAUGCCAACGAAGAUGUGGAUUCUGAAGUCAAUGUAGAAGAUGACGGUUUGUGUAGUGAAACUCCUGCAGCCUUGGAAAGUGAAAGUCCAAAUUCCCAUGAGAAUAUUUCAGAGCCAAGCGGUGAACUUUCACUCCCUUUUCUUCCCAGUCUUAGCUCUCCAGAGAAUCCGACACCUGGGCUCUCUAAUGAGGAUAGGAGAGGGCAGAUUUGGCAGAGCAGGGGAGAAUCUCAAAGUUUACGAAGGUCAGCUAGAUUGAGAGAAAUGCAAACAAAGCCUUCAGGCGUGUCACGUAAUAGAUUUCUCGACCUUAAGUACCUCUCGCCUGGAUGCAUCUUCAGACCAGGCAUCGUUCCAGAUUCAUGCAUCACCUUUGGCAGGUCUCCUGAUUCCAGUGGCCUUAUUCCUAAGAGGCUUCCUAGUUGCUUCAAGUACGGUUAGUGGAUUGCUAACAGGUUCCAGGAUUUAGCAGUGUUACUAUGGGUUUUUUGAUCUUGUUCAUGGACAUUUCUUGUUGCUGAUUUUUACUGUGGCUUUUUACCUUGCAUAUUUUCUCUAUUUUUGUACUCAUCUUUCAUCAAUAAAAAAGGAUUGUUUUUCCUGAAA